AUGGUCAACAUUUUUAUGAUUAUAGUAUGUGUUGCGAUUACCGUACUUAUUAUGUUGGCAAGUCUUUAUCUCAUUGUUUACUUCCAACAUCCAGACGACAAGAAUGUAGCAUAUUUCCCAAAGAUUAUAGUUAUUCUAGGUAUAGGUUUAGCUUCUAUAAGUAUUUUAAUGUUACCUCUGGACGUAGCAAACAAAGGUGGUGAGGGAGGUUUCCCAAUGGAGACACUGUGGAUCGUUGUCUAUAUUGCGAUUGCUGUGUUCGCCAUUGUUAUUGUGCCUUUCGCCAUGUUCUUCUACGAGUCGGACGAAGCCGAUGGUGGCAAUCAAUUUGUUAGUGCCAUCAAGGGAACCAUUGUAAUUCUAUUUGUUUUCGUAGCACUCACAGGUAUUCUUUGGAUUUUGAUUGGAAUUGCCGAGAUUCCAACGAUCGUCGUAUCGAAUCCCUUGAUCCCCAAGGAUCCUAAUUUCUUUGCCACCAAGCCCGACGCAACUGCGACAGUUGCAUACCAACAGGCAUGGUGGUCGUUCUACUUGGCAUCGUCGGGUGCACCGGGUCUUCCAGCGGAAGCACUGCCAACUCAGGCAGCCAAUCCCAGUUUGCCAGUCGACAAAUGGGCAGAAUACUCUGAUGCCGCCACUGGCGGUCGUAUUCUCAAUGAGGUUCGUUCGGGAACAGAGUUCCUAAUGUUCCGUGUCUCGAUUGCCUUGUUUAUCAUUACGAUGGUAUCUUUCGGUGGUUGGUUGUUGUUCAUUUUGUUUGGUGGUAUCGGUGUUGCCGCGCUCCCAAUGGAUAUGAUCUCCGACUUUAGAUAUCGUCCACGUAGAAUUCCCUACGACAAGUACCUCGAGAGAAAGUCAAAGAUUGGUGAGCGUGCCACAGAGUUGGUCGACAUCGGUAAGGAGAUUCAAUCAAAGUUGACCGGUGGUAUCAUGGGUCGUAAGGAUCGUCGUAACUACAACCGUUACAGAGCUGCGGUGUUCUUGCUCGAGGAGGACUACGAGCACUUGAAGAUCUCCUACCAACGUCAAGGUGGUAAGGUCAUCUUCUACUACGUCCAGUUCUUCCUUGGUUUCAUUGCUGCUGCACUCUCUAUCACCUGGGUACUCCAGAACAUCCUCUACAUGUGGACACAGCCCGAGCCAUUCUUCCCAUUCUUGAACAACAUGAUGAUUUCACUCGAUAACGCCUGGGGAUUCUUGGGUACCAUUACAUACGGUGUCUAUGCAUUCUACCUCUUGUUCUGCGUCGUCAAAGGAAACUUUAAAUUUGGACUUCGUUUGUUCUUCCUAUUCCCAAUUCAUCCAAUGAAGGUUGGAGGUACUAUGAUGAAUGCAUUCCUUUUCAAUAUUGGUUUGAUUUUGAUUUGUUGUGUCAGUGUAACUCAAUUUACAACAAUGGCUUUUUCACAGUAUGCAACACUUACAUCGAUCAACAGUAUGUUCCAAUCGGCCGUUCGUAACAUCAGAAUUCUCAAGUGGUUCUGGGUUGUCUAUAUCAUUGCUUUCUUCAUCAUGGCCAUCAUUUCCGCCAUCUUCUUGGCUGUCAAACCAAAGGAUAAGCCAAAGAAAUUCAAGUGGGAAUAA